AUGGGACGUAAAGCGGUCAGGAAAUUGGUCAAGAAGGCCCCAAAACUUAUUUUCACUAUUGCUACAAGCACGAAUCAGAAUCAGACUCAAAAGAACAAGAAGAACAAGAAGAACUUGUCUUAUGUUGUAAAUGACGACGUUCUUAAGCUCAUGAGGAAACAAUUGGCUGACAUUGGGUGUAAAUUACAUGAAGUAAAGGGUGACGGCAAUUGUCUUUUCCGAGCAUUAAGUGACCAGCUUUUUGGUGAUCAACAACAAUAUCAACAAGUUCGCGAGAAAAUUGUGAACUACUUGGAACAACAUCGCAACGACUUUGAGCCGUUCAUGGAAGACGAGGAAAAGUUUGAAAAGUAUUGUGAUCGGAUGCGAGACAAUGGCACGUGGGGUGGCAAUCAGGAGCUAUACGCUGCUGCUCGACUCUUUCAAGUGUACAUCAUUGUUCAUCAGAACCAACCGAGUGCUCGAAUAAUGGUCAUCGAAUGCGACCAACUCAAGCCUACGCGGGUAAUACACGUCGCCUACCACGGUGAGGACCACUACGACAGCGUACGAGCAAUAACGGACCCCGUGGAGCCUGAUAGUUUACCCGUUUCAAUCGAGCUUGACUGCAAUGGCUUUCGGUCCGAGGAGUUUGCCAAGCGGUGGCAAACGCAGGCUACUCCUGUGGCAAGCGAUGAGCAGCGUGUCGUUCCAAAGUCGUCUAUAGAUCCAGCAGACGCCGAGGUUGAUCAAAUUGAUCAACUGGCAAGUAGUCUCGGUGAACAGCUACAGAUAGCAGCAAGAACGGGAAAUGAUGUAGCUAAGAUGACGCUGAGCAAGAAAGAGAAGCGUCAGAUGCGCAAAGUCGCAAAAGCCGCAAGUCGCUCCGCUCGGAAGCUGCAGUCGACGCUGAAAUAG